GUGCGUGCGUGAGUACCAGUAAAAGCGGGAAUGUCGCAGCAGCUGGAGGAUCAAACAUUCCACAAUUGCGUCUCCAAAGUGGUUUUCAUAUCGCAAUUUUUCGGUUUGCUGCCCGUCUCCAACAUAUUGGCCAAUGAUGUGCAACGAGUCCAUUAUACUUGGUUUAGUCUACAUACUCUUUAUUCGGGGACCAUAUUGCUUUUAAAUACAUUGGAAUUUUUCACUGUGGGAUAUUUUGUGUUCAAGUCUGGUUUAAAUUUUCACAAUUCAGGUACAAUAUCUUUGUUUGUGGUGUGUAUGCUGGAGCAUGUGUACUUCUGGCGUUUGGCCAUAAAGUGGCCAUUUAUCAUGCGAAGCUGGCGUCGUACCGAAGAGAUAUUUCUGCGUCCGCCCUAUCGUAUAUAUGCGACAUAUAAUAUGAAGACACGCAUUUACGCAUUAACUUGUCUGGUUAUGUUCAGUGCCAUGGUGGAGCACAGUUUCCUUGUGUUUAAUUCGUUUCAUAAAAGCAAUUUAGAACGAACGCAAUGCAAAUACAAUAUCACCUUCUGGGAAAGUCUAUACAGUCGGGAAAGGCCACACUUAAGCAGAGUUCUACCCUUUAAUAUUUUGUAUUUGCCUGUGGUAGAGUGGAUUAAUUUAACCUUGGCAUAUCCCAGGUCAUUUACUGAUGCUUUUAUCAUUUGCGUAAGCGUGGGGUUGGCGUCACGUUUUCACCAACUUUAUCUGCGGAUCGAGGCUGUUCAUAACAAGGCCCUUCCAAUGCUCUUCUGGACCGAAGUGCGAGAACAUUUUCUCGAGUUGGUGCAUCUUAUGCGUUUACUUAACGACAAAAUAGCUCCGCUGAUAUUAUUAUCAUGCAGUAAUAAUAUGUACUUUAUCUGCUUUCAGCUGUUCAAUAGUUUCCAGAAUAUCGGCGUUGACCUGGUUGCUGUUGCCGCUUUCUGGUAUUCCUUGUUUUUCGCCAUCUUUCGCACCAUCCUUACACUUUUCAUGGCCUCCUCUGUUAACGACUACAGUAAACGGAUAUUGUUGACUCUGCGCAGCGUACCUAGCACGUCGUGGUGUGUUGAGGCCCAACGGUUCAGCGAGCAGCUGGCGUUCGACUUAACAGCUUGGUCUGGCUGCGGUUUCUUCUUUAUUACACGACAACUAAUUUUGGCGAUGGCCGGCACAAUCUUUACAUAUGAGGUAAUGGUCACUGAUGUCAUCAACAAAGGCUCCAUUCAACAAGUUACGAGCUAUUGCAGGCUGAUUGAGUACGAAGUUGAAAAUGAGUAAACUCUUGUUAACUGAGUAUUGAUACUUAAUGAGGGUGCCUGUAAAAAAAUCUUCAUUGUAAAACACUUCUUAACGUCAAAUUAACAUCUGCAUCUAUAAAGUAGUCACCAAUACUGGAUUAUAAGCAACUUUAUAUAAAGGGUGUUCCAUAAUUAACGCAAGAUUGGAACUAAAUAUGAAAAGCAGUUUUUAGUCUUUCGAUUGUAAUACUUGGGCAAAACAACAUACAUUAGGCAAAACAACACACAACUUUCUUUACAUAUACGCACUCGUUUGUCGAAAACAUCCAUGACUAUUCUGCAUAAAUGUGGUUGGAUUUCAUUGAUGCAACGUUAAAUAAGCUCUUUUAAAGCACUCGUGGUUGUCGGCUUGUUGCAAUAGACCUGUGAUUUUAAAUAACCCCCAAUAAAAGAAAUAAAAUUUUGGGACACCAUUAUGUAUAUAUUGUCUAGUAGACGUAGCUGAUGUUAUUCUACCCAAAAUUUGGUUUAGAGUAAGCAGAUAGUUUAUGUUAUGCUAAUACACAAGAGACCUUUUGUUUUUUGUUUUAGGGCAAAAUUACUAUUAUUAUAUAAAUAGUAUACCAUUGACCGAUUUUAUAUGCUACCAAGUUAAAAAUAUGUUCCCUAAGUUUAAUUGUGUCAUCCUCCUUACUUAUUGAUAUUUAUAGGAUGAGUCAACAGGAGAUGUGGAAAUUAUUCCAUUAUUAAAUUUUUAUAGAAUAUCUGAGAUGUAUAAGGUUUAAACAAUUCUUAAGAAAACACGUUAACUUUAGCUAUUCUGAAACUAUAAUACUCUUCACAAGUGACUUUUUUAUUGCAACUAUAUGUAUAAUUAAGCCUGAAAAUGUAACCGGUCACUGGACUCGUCAGUUUGCAUAGCAACUAUAUGCCAUAGUAGCCCGAUCUGAACAAUAUGUUCAGGGAUUAAUACCGUUGACUUGGAUAAUAACCAAUACUAAAUUACGUAAAGCUAUCGUGUAAAAAAAAACUGAAAAAUAAUCAUUUAAAAUUGCAAAACUCAUAGUUUUGUAUGAAAUUUACUUUUCUACAAAAAUGUUAUUACAUUGUAUUAUAUAAUAUUAAAAUUAUUAAUAACUGCAUUAUUAUAAAGUAAAAGUGGUUGACGCGAUUUAUUUCGUCCAAUUUAGAAAUAAGUAAUGACAAUGUUACGAACCAAAUUUGGGUCAAAUCGAGGUAUUGUGAAAUAUGAAAUUUUGUUUAAAAGUGGCUGGUGUCACACCAAUUGUUCUAUUUUUGAAGCGACCUUUAUAUGUCUGGAAUUAUUAAUUAGUUAUCGCAUUUUGGGUAGUUUUGAACACAACUCUUAUGGGAGUAGAUAUCGUAAAUUGGCCAAUUACAAUAUGUCCAUCGAACUUGAUUGACGUAGAUUUAGUAUAUAUGUAUACUAGCUGGUCUGAUUCUUGGAAUAUACCGUAAUGAAAUAAUGUAGACAAGGAGUGGUUCUUCACCAAAAGUAGUACAAUUGGGCUUUCAUAUUCUUAUAAGGAAGGAAAGUUUUAAAUUUAGUUGUUGAUAUCAAACCGUAUAAGAUA